CUUGACUCAUUCGCCGUUGAAUUCAAUGUUGCAGAAAGUACUAGGUUAACCUAGUUACUAGUAGUACAUACAUACAACAGCUGUUGCCGAUAAGAUAAGAAUUCGACACCCCACCGAUUAUUUUCAACCCACCAAGCAUCGUAUAACCAUAACCCACCUAGUCAAGUAUAUAUAAUCCGAAGAAGCAAGAGUGUCGAGAAGUUGUCGCAAACGAGAUACCAAAGGCAAAAAACUAGCAAAACUGAAUUUGGGAAAGGCCUAUAGAGCUUCCCGGAACCACAAUCGUUUUCUGUCGCUCACCUAUGAUGUCAAUAAAUCUACCAUCCGACCACCAAAAUGACUGAAGUGGCUGCUGCGAAUGGUGCCUCGAAAUCAGGCAUCGACUUUCCUUUAGCCAAAGCCGCUCUCUUUUCCUCUUCUACCAAGACUCGCAUAGCCCAACUACGGACUAUAGAAGAAAAGUUGAGGGAAAAGAUUAUCGACCAGUCUUCAGUUCCAACAGUAUUGCAACUACUCUUCGAUACCCACCGUUUCUACGAUGACAGACCUUCUCGAAGAGCAGCAGAGUCUUGUCUUACCUCUAUAUUUACCACAACUACCGAUGCUAAAAUCCUAGCACCCUUUAUUUCUUCUUUGCGACAGGAAUCGCAGAAACCUGGCAUUGCUUCUAGGAGCGCUUUUGUAUUGGUUGAAUGGUGCUCUCUUCUAUUACAAGCAUUAGGGGGCACUCCCUUAUGGGAUGAAUUUGGGUUGGAAAUCAUUCAAGCUGACGCUGCCGUCCUCGAAAAGUGUCUUCAAUCUACAACCAGACCGAGCGUCGCCCAGUCGGCCUUGAUCGUGACUCGUCGUGGUCUGCGUGCAGCGUUCUGGCGGAACGGAUUUCGAGAAAAGGUUAUCCUGGAUGCAGUACAGGCCCUUACAACUAAGGGAACUCAGCCAACUUCGAGAAAUGCCAUCAUACUAGGCGUAAUCGCUGGAGUAUGUCAUCGCCAUGCUCAAGCUAAGGACGUCUUGUCCACCAAGAAGUCGGAAUAUUUCUCGUUUUUUGCCAGGGAGUUGAUAGGAUCUCGCACACCUGUUCCUCCUCAUAUCGCUUCUGGUCUGCGGGACUUUUUCUCCGACUUUGUUACUCUAGAAGACCUCAAUAAAGACGUCAUACCACCUAUCGAGAAAGGCCUUCUGAGAGCCCCUGAGGUAGUCAUAGACCUACUAGCAUCACUACUUCGUGUUCUUCCAAAGAACCUGGAUCUUUCUCAGGCAUUAAACGGACAUCUUCUGAAGCCUUUGCUAUCCAAUGCGAAAUCCAGCAAUGCGGCUAUUCGCAAAGGGGUGUUGAUAGCAUUUAAAGAGACAGUUAGUCGCAGUCACGAUGCGAAAAUAACGGAGCAGGUUGCCGACGAGGUUUUGAAUCCGCUCAAGGCCGGAAAGAUAGCUUCUGCAGACCAGCGUAUUCUCCAUUCUCACAUGCUAGAAAAUAUUCCUCUGUCCAGUUCAAUUGCAACCAAGAUAGCUAAUGGCAUCCCCCCUGUCGCGGUCAAAGAAGGGAACGAAGGGGCGCUCGGGGCAGAAAUCUCUAUGAUAGGCAGAGCAGUUUCUUAUUUACUAAACGACGCCAUCGAUCUGCCAAAGCCUGUGGUAGACGCAUUCGUGAAAGGUCUGGGAGAAAAGAAGAUUCCUUCACGUAGGCUUUGGCUACUUUGUGUAGGAACAGUCUUGACCCCUUUUACCAAGGAAUUUACCAACGAGUCUCAUUCUAUUCCAGCAAAUGUGGCCAAGUUCGCUGAGGUUAUUACGGGUCCCCUAACUGACACCUGGGCUGAGAUCAUAAAAAAUCCUGCUGCAGCGACCCAGAGCGGCUUGAUCGUGGGAGCAUAUGUCUUUUCCACAUUGUCUUUACAAGUUUUGCCUAAAAUCGACAAUCCCUCGGUGAAGGCAGUACUCAAAAAGACGGCUGUUUCGAAAGAGUGUCUUGUGGCUGAUCCUAAGCCUUCGUUUCUUCUCAAUCAUCGUGUAUACAGCCGACUCACUUCAGAGGACGAUAUCAGAUGGUUUCUACGAGCGCUCUCAGCUAUCUAUGAUGAUGUAUCAAAAGCUCCCAAAAACGUUCAGGUAGUCUGGGCUCAGGCUCUUAUUUACCUUGCAUCUUCCACCAACGUUGCCCCUCAGAUCCGCAAGGAGACUUGUGAGACCAUAUCAAGGCUAUACGUCCGAGAUUUCGAGUUCUCUGGGAUUCUUAUCGACGGUCUGUGGCAGUGGGUUGAAUCUUCGCACACGGAAGACAAAGACAGCAUAGCAGCUAGUGCCAAAUUUGAGAACGCUCAUCUACACCUUGUUCUUCGGUCAAUAUGUUUAAACAGCGACGAGUUCAAGGAACUAGGCGCUGAGAGAUCAGAGGAAAAUCUGACGAAACAAAUGUGUUUACUUCUUGUAAUCGCCCGCAACGACCUAAUACCGAGAGCAAAUUGGAUAGAUCUCUGCCUCCGGGUUGGUCUCGACCCUGGAAGCCUUGCACAAAGGCACGAGGGAGAGCUGAUACAGCAGAUUAUAGACAAGACAGAAUUUAGCCAAAAGGUCAAUGCAAUCAAGGUUGCUGCCUACAACGCGGCCGCGGAUCUUGCGUUCGUGGCACCGGACACCGUAACGCCAAGGAUAAUUGAACUCAUCCGAGCCGAUUUAGCGACGGAACCCCUCAACGAGGUUGGCCCAGUCGAGGCCGCCAUAUUUCGAACACCGGAGGGCACCGCAUGCAUCGACGUUCUUGCGAAGAAACAAACUCUCCCUAAUAAGAAUACCAAAGAUUACGAUACGCUGAAGUGGGAAGAAGAACUUAGGAGCCAAUUAGCACAAAAAAAGGGGCAACAGAGAAAGCUUACUGCCGAUGAACAAGCUAAGGUGAACGCUCAACUUAAGAAAGAGUCCGAGAUUCGAGGAUCAAUACAACAACUAGAGUCACGUCUUGUACGUGGUUUUGGUAUUAUACGGAGUCUUGUGAAUACUCCACCAACUGAGCCGAAUCUAUGGAUUGGGCCCUCGAUGAGCGCCCUACUGGGUGCUCUUGAAGCUGGUGCGGGCCUCAUCACCGGCGAUGCUGGACCUACAGCUUAUCUAGCAUGUUCUGACCGUGUUACACCUCGGUUGGGGCCAAAUCGCCCCUUUAUUGGUAUCGCUACGCUACGCGCCCUUGGGAUAACUUCUCUCCCAGAAAACCUGACCGAAGAAGGCUUAGAGGAACUCAUAACUAGAAUUCUCUACCGUCUACGCUUCGCAGGAGAGCAGCGGCCUUUUGAUGCCGUUUCUGUCAUAUAUAUCCUGUCCUUGGUAUUUGUAAUUCUGCGAACAGGCGGUAUAGGUGGCGGCAGCGAUGAACAAGAUGCUCAAUUGGUUUUAGCCAUCGAGUUCCUCUCAUUUCAUACACAUGUAUGUGCCGAUGAGAGCAUUCCGCGUGCCGACUUGCUCUCUAUUCUGAUUGUAUCCAUGCAAAAAUACAAUCAACAUUACAAGAUCAUCAAAGACUGUUUUUCAGACAUGGUUCGUUGUGUCGCCCCAAACAUAAGCGCAGAUGAGAUAGCUGUACUCGCAAAGGGUACAAUUGUUCCCCAGUCAUCUGUACGCGAAACGGUAUUGCAAUCGAUCAGCGCUGAGGUGGAUAUGAGCGAUCUCGACUUCUCGGAAGAGAUUUGGAUCGCUUGCCACGACGACAUCCCUGAAAAUGUUGAACUUGGAAGCGAUAUAUGGGAGGAAAGUGGUUUCAAGCUUUCUAAAGACGUACCUUUUAAGAUGCUUCCAUACCUAGAGAGCAAGGACGUUCAGCUUCGGAGAGCUACCGCGCGUGCCCUAGCCGAGGCAUGCAAAGCCUACCCAGCAACUAUCGAGGACGUGCUUGCAAGACUUCGACCUUCAUAUGCUGAAUUUGCCAAGCCUCGAGUUCCUCAGCUGGAUGCAUAUGGAAUGCCCAAAAAGACGGACCUCUCGGAUCCUUGGGAGGCACGACAUGGUAUUGGGGCCGCUUUCAAAGAGCUCGCUGCCCAUUUGCAAAAGUCUCAGAUCGAUGAAUUCUUCAACUUCCUCAUUGAGGGAGGCCCUCUAGGCGACAAAAAUGCUGUAGUCCGCAGCGAGAUGCUCGAGGCAGCACUCGUGGUCAUUGAUCUUCACGGUAGGGCAUUCGUGGAUAAGCUCAUGAAAACAUUUGAGCGCACCCUCGGUGCCCCCGACCAGGGCUCGGAAGCGGCUGAUCGUGUCAAUGAAGCUGUUAUAGUCAUGUACGGUGCCCUAGCAAGACAUCUAAAACCGGGUGACGCAAAGAUUCCUGUCGUAUUGGAAAGACUCCUUACUACCUUGAGCACGCCAUCUGAAGCUGUGCAAUAUGCGGUGGCGGAAUGUCUACCUGCCUUGGUGCGAACUUGCAGUGACAAGUCAUCCAAAUAUUUUGACCAAUUGAUCGAUACGCUCCUGAAUUCGAAAAAGUAUGCCGAGAAGCGAGGCGCUGCGUACGGAUUAGCCGGCUUAAUCCAAGGAAGAGGUAUCUUGGUAUUACGAGAGUACCGCAUCCUCAUCACGCUGAAGAGCGCGACCGAGAACAGAAAGGAAACCCAACAACGCGAAGGUGCUUUCCUUGCGUUUGAACUCUUUGCUAUAAUUCUCGGCCGUCUAUUCGAACCGUACGUCAUCCAGAUCGUACCUCAGCUUCUAGCCGGGUUUGGCGACAGCAACGCGGAUGUGAGAGAUGCAUGUUUGGCGGCAGCCAAAGCCUGCUUUGCAAAGCUCAGUUCAUAUGGUGUCAAGCAUAUCCUGCCAACUCUACUCAACGGCCUUGACGACGAUCAAUGGCGUAGCAAACGUGGUGCCUGUGAACUCCUCGGUGCUAUGGCGUACCUAGACCCGCGACAACUCGCGCAAAGUUUGCCAGAAAUCAUACCACCCCUUACUGGUGUUUUGAACGACAGUCAUAAGGAGGUGCGCGCGGCGGCUAACAAGAGCCUGAAGCGCUUCGGCGAGGUCAUCGAGAAUCCCGAGGUGAAGAGCUUAGUCGAUAUUCUGCUGAAGGCUCUGAGUGACCCAACCAAGUACACCGACGACGCAUUGGAUGCGCUCAUCAAGGUACAGUUCGUUCAUUAUCUCGAUGCGCCUUCGUUGGCCCUCGUCACUAGGAUUCUUCAGCGCGGCUUGGGAGACAGAUCUAAUACCAAGCGCAAGGCUUCCCAAGUCAUUGGAAGUCUUGCUCAUUUGACCGAGCGGAAAGACCUCAUCGCACAUUUACCAGUGCUUGUCUCAGGUCUCAAAAUGGCAGCCGUUGAUCCUGUACCGACGACACGAGCAACAGCCUCUCGUGCCCUGGGCUCGUUGGUCGAGAAGCUCGGCGAGGAUGCCCUACCGGAUCUCAUUCCUGGACUUAUGCAAACUCUCAAAUCGGAUACGGGUGCCGGGGAUCGUCUUGGUUCUGCCCAAGCUCUCAGCGAGGUUUUGGCCGGAUUGGGUACCACGAGAUUGGAAGAGACUUUACCUACCAUUUUGCAGAACGUGGAAUCAUCCAAGGCCGUUGUCAGAGAAGGCUUCAUGUCUCUAUUCAUCUUCUUGCCAGUCUGCUUCGGCAACAGUUUUGCUAGCUACCUUGGAAGAAUUAUCCCCCCUAUUCUUGCCGGUCUUGCGGAUGAUGUCGAAUCGAUACGCGAGACUGCUUUGCGAGCUGGUCGGUUAUUAGUCAAGAAUUUUGCUGCCAGAGCCGUAGACCUAUUACUCCCUGAGCUAGAGCGCGGCUUGGCAGACGACAAUUAUAGGAUCCGAUUGAGUUCGGUCGAACUUGUCGGCGAUCUUCUCUUCAAUCUGACAGGCAUUAGUGGAAAGUCUGAUGCAGAAGAAGACGAGGAAGAGAACGCCAAGGAAGCAGGAGCAUCGCUUCGCGAAGUACUGGGAGAAGAGAAGCGCAACAAGAUUCUGUCUGCUUUGUACAUAUGCCGUUGCGAUACUGCCAAUGCCGUUCGUUCGGCUGCUGUAGCCGUAUGGAAGGCAUUGGUCGCCACACCAAGAACGUUGAAGGAGCUCACCCCUACUCUCACUCAACUCAUCAUCCGCCGCCUGGGUAGUUCAAAUAUGGAACACAAGGUGAUUGCAAGUAACGCCCUAGGAGAACUGAUUCGAAAGGCUGGCGAUGGUGUCCUGUCAAGUUUGCUUCCGACGCUUGAGGAAGGACUCCAGACUUCGAUGGACACGAACGCCAGACAAGGUAUAUGCCUCGCAUUGAAGGAGCUCAUUGCGUCUGCAUCUGAAGAGGCUCUCGAAGAUCACGAGAAAACACUUAUUUCCGUUGUGCGGACUGCGCUCACAGACUCCGAUGAAGAAGUUAGAGAAGCUGCGGCUGAAGCUUUCGACUCGUUACAGCAGAUCAUUGGCAAACGCGCUAUCGACCAAGUGCUUCCAUUCCUCCUUAACCUCUUGCGCGCCGAGGACGAAGCAGAUAACGCCUUGUCUGCCCUCCUGACGCUCCUUACCGAGACCACUAGGUCUAACAUUAUCCUACCAAAUCUUAUCCCGACCUUGAUAGCAUCUCCAAUUUCAGUCUUCAAUGCCAAAGCGCUGGCGUCUCUGUCUCGAGUAGCCGGUACUGCCAUGAACCGUCGCCUACCAAACAUUAUCAAUUCUCUCAUGGAUAAUAUAGUCCAUGCCACGGACGAGGAACUUCGUGUUGAACUCGAGAGCGCGUUUGACACGGUCAUACAGUCGAUAGACGAAUAUGAUGGUCUAAACACCGUUAUGAAUGUCCUCCUGCAGCUUGUGAAGAACGAUGACCACCACAAGCGAGCUGUCACAGCCUUACGGCUUGGGAAGUUCUUCGCCAAUUCCACUGUGGACUACUCCCGUUACAACCAAGAUAUCAUCCGUGCCCUCCUGAUUUCCUUCGACGACCGAGACAAGGAAGUCGUAAAGGCAGCGUGGACAGCGCUGAGCGAGUUUACCAAGAGACUAAAGAAGGAAGAGAUGGAAGCCCUCGUGCAAUCUACCAGACAAACACUUUGUCAAGUUGGCGUCCCCGGGGCGAACCUCCCAGGUUUCGAGCUUCCAAAGGGUAUCAAUGCUGUGCUACCCAUCUUCCUCCAGGGUCUCAUGAAUGGAACUGCGGAGCAACGAACAAGUGCAGCCCUCGCCAUAUCCGAUAUCGUUGAUAGAACGAGCGAAGCUUCACUUAAGCCUUUUGUCACGCAAAUCACUGGACCUCUCAUUCGUGUCGUAUCCGAGCGAUCUACUGACGUCAAGGCGGCUAUUCUCCUUACCCUCAAUAACUUACUCGAGAAGAUGCCGGCAGCCUUAAAGCCCUUCUUGCCCCAACUUCAGCGGACAUUUGCAAGAGCACUAGCAGAUACUACCAGCGAACUGCUGAGAUCACGGGCUGCUAAGGCCUUGGGGACUCUGAUCAAAUUUACGCCACGCGUGGACCCAUUGAUUGCGGAGCUAGUCACCGGUUCAAAGACUUCCGACCCAGGUGUUAAGACUGCCAUGUUGAAGGCGCUGUAUGAGGUCAUCAGCAAGGCAGGUGCGAAUAUGGGUGAAGCGUCACGGGCAGGUGUGCUAGGGUUGAUCGACAUGGAAUCAGACACGAUGGAUUCUACGAUGACGGUGACCAAUGCCAAACUUCUCGGUGCACUUAUUAAGAAUGUGCCCGCUGAAGCUGCAAACGGCUUACUGAAGAAUCGCGUGGCAACGACUCACUUCACCAACGCGUCUGUGCUUGCGCUCAACGCAGUUCUAGUAGAAUCACCUCAGACGUUGCUAGAAAGUCCAUUAGCAGAUGACUUGCCUGAUUUAUUGUGCCAGGGCAUGUCGAACAAAAAUCUAUUUGUGGCAGACAACAGUAUUCUAGCUACGGGCAAGUAUCUCCUUACGGACUCCCCGAAGUCCUUUGAAUCUACCAAGCCUAUCUUCUCUACACUUGCAACAAUCAUCAGCCCUGGCAACCCAUCCGACUCCCGCCGACUAGCUUUGGUCAUAGCACGCACCGUUUCCCGCGCCAACCUAGAAAUGGUACGACCGCAUCUACCCCUCUUGGCACCACCCGUGUUUGCGUCGGUGCGCGACCCAGUGAUCCCCGUCAAACUCGCGGCCGAGGCCGCAUUUAUAGAGUUGUUUAGCGUCGUAGAUGAGGAGGCCAAGGUGUUCGAUAAAUAUAUCGGUGGGUCGGCUGGGGCAGAGCUUCCAGCUAACACGAAGAGGAGCAUGCAAGACUAUUUCAAGCGUGUAGCAGUCAGGUUGGGCAACCAGGCUAGGGAGAGGAGAGAAGCGGAGGGUGGACAGGGAGGAUUGGGACUGAGUAGCGAUGAACUGGAAGACGAAAAGGAGAUUUGGAGCGUUGGGGCAGUAGAACUUGGUGGCGGGGUGUUUGCACAAGAUUAGGUUCGCAUAUCUGGAUGAAAGGAUGGAUGAGCAUGAAGUGGAUAAGGGAAAGCUCUUAAGGAGGGAAGUGUGUAGGAGAGGAUGGAAUGGGAAUGGAUGGCAUUGUACGUGUGCGUGAUAAAAAGUUGAUAUGAAGGUAUGAUAGGUAAAUCCAGCAUUUUCAUGGUAUCAGUAUUAUUGGUUUACCCCUUUUCGUCUACCUAUCUGCUACUAUAGAGUACGCGAUAACUAUGUCAUGUUGGCUUCAUGUCAUUUUAAUAACUUGAAGCUCAAGCUAUUAGAUGUACCUACCUAGUAGUUAUACUUGGGGAGGUACCUACCUAUUAUUUGUAAACUAUCUGCAAAUUGAAUAACCUCAAUUGAAGGAUUAAAAUGG